CUCUAAUCAUAUAAAGUUUAAGGCAUUUAUACUUUACCCUAAAAUCAUGACGACUUCCAGAGAUUUUACGGGCAAAGUAGUGCUGAUUACCGGCUCGACCAGUGGUAUCGGUGCUGUCACUGCGGUAGAGUUCGCCCGACUGGGGGCUCAAGUAGUGGUCACCGGUCGCAGGAAAGAUAGGGUGUCCGCUGUGGCCAAACAAUGCGCUGAGGCGUCGCCUACCGGUGCUAAAGCCCUGGAAGUGGUGGCCGAUGUCACCAACGAUGACGACUGUCGCCGAUUAGUGACCGACACUAUCAAGACGUUCAAAAAGCUGGAUAUUUUAGUGAACAACGCGGGUAGAGGUAUGGUGUCGAGCAUAUGGGACGGGGAUAUCCUCGAUAAGUAUGAGCUCAUUAUGAACACAAACCUGCGGUCAGUCGUAUGGUUGACUCACUUAUGUGUCGAGCAUUUGGAGAAAACUAAGGGUAAUAUCGUUAACGUGUCGAGCAAUGGGGCCUUUAAACCGGCGGCGCUGGAUAUGUUCACAAAGUGCGUAGCGCUCGAGUUGGGCCCCAAAGGUAUCCGAGCUAACGUUAUCAAUCCCGGUCUCGUUAAGUCCGAGGCCCUCGGAAUCAGUCGUAACAUUACUGAAGCGAAAUACAAUGAAUUUUACGCAGAGUGGGCCAAGAAGUGCCCGAUUGGACGGGUGGGUGAGCCCAUGGAUAUGUCAAAUGCCGUGUUAUAUUUGACGUCCGAUGACGCGGCGUUUGUGACCGCAUCCAACUUCGUGGUCAGUGGCGGCGCCCAACAUGUCUAACCCUCAUAUUUAUCACAUUAUGGUCAUGUCUUAUUUAUUGGCAU